UACAACUCUUUUCCCAUCGCUAAAAAAACAAAAAGGAAAUACUACCAAACGCCCCGUGGGAGUACUGCUCAGUUGUUGAAGGUGAACAAUUGUUGGCGACAUAGAAGAAAAAAAAAUGGGGAGUGAGGUCGUAAGAAAGAAGAAGAACCCUAAAACGGCACCAUUAAACCCUAACUGGGCUCUUCUUCAACAGAAAUUGAAACUACAGGGUUCCAAAGCCAACUUUUCGGGACCUUCCUCGCAUUCUAAUGGCAGCUCUUCACCUUCAGUAUUAGGAAAACGCAAGCAACGCACUGAUUCGGAUCCCGAACCCGAUGAUUCGCAACUAAAUAUUCUUGCUCCUACUUCCUCUGACUGCAGUUUGACAGAUGAGGUGGCCAUGGAUUGCGAGAUGGUUGGGGUUAGUCCUCAGGGAAAUAAAAGUGCCCUUGGGCGAGUUACAUUGGUAAAUAAGUGGGGAAAUGCUGUAUAUGAUGAAUUUGUCCGGCCUAUUGAUCGUGUUGUUGACUUCCGAACAGAAAUUAGUGGAAUCCGACCCCGUGACUUGAGGAAAGCCAAGGAUUUUCCUUCAGUUCAGAAAAAGGUGGCAGAGCUGAUCAAAGGAAAGAUUCUUGUUGGCCAUGCUUUGCGUAAUGAUCUCAAGGCACUUUUACUAAGUCAUCCAAAGAAAGAUUUGCGGGACACUUCAGAAUACCAACCAUUUCUAAAAGAAAGUCGUAGAAAGGCACUUCGGCAUCUUGCUGCUGAGUUUCUUGGUGUGGAGAUCCAGACUGGAGAGCAUUGUCCUAUUGAAGAUGCUCGUGCAGCAAUGCUGCUUUACCAAAAACACAAAAAGGACUGGGAGAGGAGUGUCAAAGACCGUUCAAGGCUUUUUGAGAAGCAAAAGAAACGCAAAAACAGGAAGAAAUCAAACAAGAAAGUGGUUCCAGCUGGGAAUAAUGUUCCAGUUUUGUCAAAUGGAUAACUAAGUUUUUUCUUCUGGUUCAUAGGAAUCCUAAGAUACUGUUCACCUGAUGUUUUUUUUUCAUAGAAAAGCUCUAUAUAUGGUUAUGAAGACAUUUUUUGUGCAUUUCUGUCAUCAACUGUGUUUGGUAAGAAAAAGAAUGGAGUAUACACCCUUUAUA